CCAAUCGCGUCGCUGCAUCCCGGCUGAGUGCGCGGCGGGUGACGGAGGGAACCGGCGCGCGCUGGAAACGGUGCGCUCUGACAGCUCGGGUUAUAACACUCAACUUCUCAGCACGAUGGUGGAUGAGGAGACAGUGAAGAAAAGGCUGCGGUCUGUUCUGCAGUCCAGGUCUGCAAUCCCUCUGUCUCGCCUGCAGGCUGAAUAUAAGGAACUGACAGGUGAAGCCAUACCACACAAACAGCUGGGUCAUACCACAGUGGAUGCCCUGCUGCACAGCAUGUCGUCUGUGGUGCAGCUGGACAGGACUCGCUCUGGGGAAGUGAUGUGUUAUUCUACUGUGGAUGGGAAUGAAAAGGAAAACAUCACCAAACUAGUUGCUCGACAGCAUGCAGCUAAGAAGUCUGGCCGGCCUCAAAUGGUCAACUGCCAAAUGAGAGUUAAACCCAUUUCUCCUCUGGUGUUAAAUGACUUUGUUCCCAAAGCCAAACCCAGGACAUCUCUGAGGCAACCUGAAUACCGGGGUCGCCAGGGUCGAGGCAGUGGUCGCACGGGGAGCAUGAGGGACACUCAGCCUGAUGGGAGAAGCAGUAAAUUUCACAACACUCCACCAAACACGCCCAGCAGUAGGGGCAGCCUGCCUUCUGACAGGUAUGAGAGAUCAGAUAAAAGGAUGACCCUGCCAUCUAGAUUCCAAAAGGAAGUGCACACCCACCUGUCUAGGAACCCUCAACAGAGCCCUGCAUUUCCAGUUCCUUCAAACCUUAAUGAAAGCACCCCUCCAUCAAAAACACGGACACAGACAAGUCUCUACAGUCCCAAACUGGUGCAGUCCCGCCUCAAAGAGGUUCUGAGCAAGCACAGCAAUGGCUUCUGGGUAUCGAAACUUCCACAGUUAUACCAGGAACUAUACAAGCAAGAGCUGCCCAGUGAAGCUUUGAAAGAUCUGGAACAGUGGACCCAUAUUUGCACAGUUGAGAAAUCAUGCAGUAGCAAGUCUCAGGAGCUGCUGUUGUACCCUGCCAAGGAUGUUAGCCAAGCCUCUAACACUUAUUGCCUUGAAAUGAUGCACACAAGAGAAAAGCAGUUUCCAUCACCUCCAAAGCCCCAGAAAGUGUCCAGAAAACCUAAGAAUAACUCAGCAAGCCCACCUGCAUCCCCCAAGACUCUACCCGAGGAUAUCAAACAAAAUCUAGCAGAGCUGCUUCUUAAGUACAGCAGUGGAUUAUGGGCUCAUGCCCUCCCAAAACUCUACCACGAUACCCACAAGACCAAUCUGCCUGAGUAUGUACUUGACAACCUUCUCUUGCUCUCAGAUAUCUGCACCAUUGACUAUCCUGUGCCAGAGAAUCCCAAAAGGGCAAUUUUGUAUGUGAAGGAAUCACAAGAUGAAAACUGUAAUCAGACAGACUUGACAGACCCGAAGGCCAGAGAGGAGGCAGGGAGGCGUCUCAGUUCUCAGUCUGUACCUCCUCUGCUCAUUCCCAAGGAGGAGUACCCCUCAGUACUGGUGGUCGAGGCAAGCAACACUAACAAUGUAGUUCUCAGAUAUAUAGGUGAGGGAUAUUCCAAGGCCCAGGAAAAGCUGGAGGAUGAUAUGAAGGAAUUCUAUAGACAGGAUAACACCAGGAAGCCACUGAUCUUACCAACAUCAGGCCAGCUAACUGCAGUCAUUGCUGAAGAAGAGGACGAAAUCCUCCGUGCACAAGUGUGUGAAGUCAAGUCUGAAAAAGUCAAGGUUUAUUAUGUGGAUCAUGGCGUUUCUGAUGAUGUUAGUAAAAGCAAGCUGCUUGAAUUGCAUGAGAAAUUUUUCACACUGCCUUUCCAAGCUACCAAAUGUAAAUUGGCUGGCCUCGAAGCCUUUGCUCUGGAGCCAGCAGUGCUAAAAAAAUUUGACUCCAUGGCAAGUGGUAAAAUCCUACUGGCUGAGAUCCUAGAACGAGAAGACAUUCCGUUGAUGGUGUUAUAUGACACGUCACAGGAAAAUGACAUUAAUAUCAACGCUUCCUGUUUGAAAGCUCUGCAAGAGAAGUCUUUAGAGAGCCCUCUGCAGACAAAUAGUACCUACAAGAAUGUGAGUGUGACCAGUGUGUGUUCAGAUGGAACAUUUUACUGCCAGCUGCCCUCUCGUGGAUUGACAAAACUCAGUGAAAUCCUGGAGAAGUCAGAAAGCCAUUUCCAUAACCAGGUCACAUCAGAGUCUCUGGUGUCUAGACCUUUCUGCGGAAAAAGCUGUCUGGCUCGAUACAAAGGCAAAUGGUCUCGAGUUGAGAUAACUAACCUGCAUGGAAGCCGGGUGUUGGACAUCCUGUUUGUGGAUAUGGGGGUGCAGGCAUCUGUCGAAGUCAUUGAGCUGAGAGAAAUCCCGCAGCCUUUCUUACACGACCUUAUCGCAAUCCCACCCCAGGUAGUGAAGUGUUGUUUGGCAAACUUGCCUGUCAGUGUGGGCUGCUGGACUCCAGAUGCAGUGCAGUGGUUAAGAGACACAGCUCUCCAUUGCAAUGACUGCAGCUUGAAGAUUGUUAAAGUGGAGGAGAGCAAGCGCCUGGCCCAUGUCUAUCUGUUUACUACUAAGAGCUUCCAUGACCCUAGCCACAGCCUGAACCACCAGCUUGCCAACUCGGACCUCUGGAAGAACCAGGACGAUGUCUUCCUGAGCAGCCAGGGGUCUCUGAAGAGCCCUACUAGAACAACAUCACCAGAUACACCCCCCAAAGCCCCCACUACUACCCCUACACCAUCUACUGCCACUUCUAGCCCAAGCACCAACAGAGCAGGAAAGCCUUCCCACCCACCUAAGGGGUUGGCACCCCAUUUAGGUUCCUGUAGCACCCUGUCUGGAGGUCUGACUCUGCCACCUGUUCUUGAUCUCCCUCAGAUUGGACAGAACAUGGACAUUUAUGUGUCAGUUGCAUGCCAUCCAGGUCAUUUUGUGCUCCAGCCAUGGCAGGAUAUGUACAAGCUGGUUAUCCUAAUGGAAGAGAUGAUUCUGUACUACAGCAAGACAGAUGAGAGGCCAGUCACAGUGGAAAAGAACCAGGUGUAUGCAGCCAAAGUGGAAAACAAUUGGCAUCGAGUGCUAGUGAAAGGAGUUCUGAGCAACGGACUAGUGUCUGUUUAUGAGCUAGACUACGGUAGGCAUGAGCUGGUUAGCUGCACCAUGCUGAAGCCUCUCAUGCAGGAGUUCAGGCAGCUCCCGUUCCAGGGCAUCACUGCUCAACUGGCAGGAGUGAGGUCCAGGCAGUGGUCUGAAGAAGCUUCCAUUGUAUUCAGGAACCACGUGGAGAAAAAAGCUAUGGUGGCACAGGUGGAAUCUGUGCGGGAUGCAGAACAGCCAUGGGACCGCAAGCUCACUGUCUACCUGGUAGAUACGUCUCAAGAGGACAGUGACAUCUGGGUCCAUGACCUCAUGGCUGAAUUUACAGAGGAGCUCACCAAAGCCGCGUAACGGUUGGGGUGUAUGUGGUCUUGGAAGAAUUUUGUGAGUGUGGAUUCCUGGGUUCUUUCUGGAAAAUGAUGCUUGUAUUUGACUUUGAACCAGAAAAUGGAGAUGCAUUUAGGUAUUAGAGUUUAUUCCAUUAAAAUGUUACUAAAUUAUGUCGAACAUAGCUGCAAGGUGAAUGAUACACAAAGCACUGCAUUACCUGUAGGACAACUCUACUCUCGCCUUUAAGCUUUAAUUAUUGGGAAGAUCCAUUGAAGCUUUGUCAAAUAAGGGAGCUACUAAAAAUCCAACAAUGAAAAUGCACAUGCAUCAGAUUAAGAUGUGAUAUACAAGUUGUAUUUAAGGUACAGUGAAAAGGUUUUCAAACACCGCUCAGUUCUCAUGGUUAAGGUCAGAUUGGAUCCUGAAUGGGAUGGGACAGGAUGGCAGUCCAUCACAGGGAAAUAACACACACACACACAACCACACAAUUGACCUACUGGCAUGUUUUUGUUUGGUAGGAGGAAAGAUCAAAAGAAUAUUUAAUUUGACUAAUGUCUGUUUUGUCGCAAUUUUAAAAUCGCCAAACUUGUUUUUAGAUUUUGAGGCUGCUUCUGCUUCAGAAAGCAGAAGAUUCUGCAUGGUUAAUUAGAGUCAUAAACAAUUACUCAACCUGAACAAGAUAAUUUUAUUUGCCAGAAAUGAAGGUUUACCAAGUUGAACAAACUCAAUGGAGUAUAAUGAAAUUGUUUACAGAGCCAUUGAAUCAUUUCAUUUCUUCCUUAGAUGUAACAAAGCUUCACAGGUUUAACUAAGGCUUUGGUUUUUUGCGAUAAUUUAUUUGGGACUUCCUUUUCCUAUUUAAAAAAAGACUGCAUGGAAUCUGGGUCUCUGCAGAAAAGUGACAGUCGUGGUGGUAUAUUGAACAACUAAAGCUACUUCCAUAGUAUUAGUGUAGCUUCAUGGCUGAGUUUUAUUUAGCUAAAGCAUUCAGUGUAGAUUCUCUAUGAACACUAAAAAGCAAUAUUUCUUGAUAAAAAAUGAACUGCAUAACCUGGAGAACUGCACAGACUGCACAUGAACAGAGUUUGAUAAAUAAAGUUCAUGGAGAAGAAUCAAA